GUCAUCAUUAAUCAGCCCCACCCUUUAGCACCGAUGGCUUCUAAGUUGUCUUCUCCUGUCGCUUCUUCUGUACCAGAAGACCCUCCAAAUCAACUGACAAUUACUGAUCUUCCUGAGAUACUUCAGUUACUCAGAAGACAUGAUUACACUGGAUUCAGAGCAGGAGUCAGUUACUGUAGACUUGGUCGUUAUCUUGGUCUAUCUCUUGCUACACUUGAUGUCAUUACAGAGAAUCAUAAUUUUAUAGGAGAUAUUGAGGGUGGUCUGCAUGCGUGUCUUACUAAAUGGUUACAGAAAGCUGAUGAUGUACAGUACAUUAAAGGUGGUUCUACUCUCUAUUCAUUGGUAUCAGCAUUGAGGAGAAUAGGAGAGUAUGGAGUAGCUGAUGGAAUAGAUAUGGAGAAGCAUCCUGCUUGUAGAAUUCUUGCUCGUUAUAUUUCAUACCAAUCUAUAGUGUCUGCAAUACCUCAUUUGGAUCAUUUGUGUUUGUAUCAAGCAAAACUUAUAAAAGAGGUAAACCUCUUUACUUAUAGUGAAGGAGAAAAAGUACUGGAUGAAAUAAAAGAAGCUGUUUGUAAAGAUUAUAAAAAACUUAAAGCAUUUGCUGAUAUUUUAUGUAAAAGUACAGCCACUGCUGAGAUAGGAAGAGCUAUUAUGAGACACUACAGAAAGGUUUAUACCAGUGAUGAUGACUGUGGGUUGAAGAUUUAUCUUCCUUGGAGUAUCACUUCAGAGUUUAAGAUGAUGCAAAUAAAAAUGGGUGAUAUAUUCUUCAAAGUGGGAUUAAUCAUGACGAGUCACCCUCAGUCUCCAUCCCUUGACAACAUCAAAGGUGUAUUGGGUACAUACUACUCAGCAUUAAGGCUUCGGUUAGCUGAGUGCAAAGAUAUCCAUGAACUUUUGGAAUUAGUACAUGAUAAUAGCUCUCUUGAUGAUAUUAGUGGUCUGGAGUAUUUCAUUCAUAAGUUUAAUAUAAAUGAGGAGGCUAAGGUAUUUAUUAAGGAUUAUAAAGAAGCUGUUGAGCAGUUGAAAAGAAAAGUUCAGCAAUUUUUGGAAGAAAAGCUUUCAAAAGUUUCAUCAGUACUUGAGUGUGUUACGAUUGUUGUUGAUAAAGAUUCUAGUUAUUCAGUACUUCAUGAUGUCGUGAGACUGUCAUCAGCUGUUUUAUCGCUACAUUUCAAAUUAAAUGUGAUUAGAGGUGAUGGUGAUGGUGGUAUUUGGAAAGUUUGGAAAGAAAAACCAUGCACUGAUAGUUUUGAUGCUCCUACUGUACAAAGUAAAGAUACCAUGUUUGCAACUGAAAUACCUGCAGGAACAACAGAAUCAAUGAGUCAUUCUUACCAGGAGGAGGAGAAAGACAAAUAUGACAAGGAUCAAGUGAUGUUGCUACAGAAGAAAGUUAAAAAUAUUCAAAAGCAACUUGAGAAAGAAAAGGAACUCCACGAACAAGAGAAACAAUUUCAUGAACAAUUUAUAAAGGAAUAUGAAGAAGAAAUACUUCAACAGAAAAGGGAACGCAUUCAGAAUGAAGAGACAAUAGCAAUACUUACUCGACAGCGUGAGGAAGUUACUGGUGACUUGAAACACAAAACAGAACAAUGUAGAGAAUUAAUAUCAGACAAUGAACUUACUCAUAAACAACUGGAGGAACUCCUAAAAGAAGAGAAACAAGCAUCCUCCAUCAGUUUCAUGAAACAGAAUAAAGUUGAUCUAAAAGAGAAAGAGGAGCUACAAAUAAAGGUUGAUGAUCUUCAACAAGAAUUAGUGGUACAGCAUAUGAAAGAUCACAGAAAAGUAUCAGAAUUACAGAAUGAAAUACAAAAAAUUAAAGAUGAAAGGGAAACAUUUCAAAAACAAAGGAAAGUAUUGAUACUGGAAAAUGAAAGAUUAAAGUCCUUCCUUAAAGAACAAAAUGUACCAGUACAACCAAAAGAAGAAUAUAAGAUAUUACAAGAUACUGAGACUGUACAUGCAUGUACUUAUAUCAGUAAAGAUGAUAUAUCUCAAUUAUCAGUGAUACUGGAACCAGUUAAAGAAUACUGCAAGUUUGAGCUGGUUCUAAUCAAAGUUGAAUUUUUAGUCAGCUACUUUUUAUAA